GUGGAUCCACGCUGGGUUUUUUUUACACGGUGGAGGGGGGCCAAGAGGGCUACAUGUUAAAAGAAGGGGGAGGAUGUGACAUAAACUCAUUUUCUUCAUGCCUGAGCUCGUGGCGGUGCCUCCUCGCCUCACCUUUUCCUGGGGAAAUUGGGACGCAGGGAGGUACCAAGGAGCUGGGAUGAAGCCUUCCUUCACUUUCCUGCUCCUGCUGUCAGGAGCCGUGAUGACCGUCCAACCGAAGGAAGACAAAGCAUUCCUGCUCUACCCCUAUGGUCCGGGUGAGAAUGACCAGAAGAACCCCAAACUUGACGAUGGGACAUCGGAGAAGGUCUCCCUCACCGUGCCCUUCACCUUCUACGGCAAAGAGUACCAAAGACUUUACGUGAACAACAAUGGCGUCAUCUCCUUUGACUCCAAAGUCAAGCAAUACACUCCCGACCCCUUCCCCCUGGCCGACGGGCGUCCCUUCGUGACCCCAUACUGGGCGGAUGUCGACAACGUGAAGGGAGGAGAUAUCUACUACAGAGAGAGCACCGACCCAGCACUGCUGGCACGUGCCACCAAGGACAUCAACCAAUACUUCCCCAAGAUCCCCUACACCGCCACGUGGGUUUUUGUGGCCACCUGGGACCACGUGGCCUACUACGGCUCUACCAGCAAUAAGGGAAACACCUUCCAAGCUGUCUUGACCACCAACACCAAGGUGUCCUUCAUCAUCCUCAACUACUGGGAUAUCCAAUGGACUACAGGGUCGGCAAGCGACGGUGACCCUGAAACAGGUCUUGGAGGCACUCCAGCCCACGCUGGCUUCAACAGUGGAGAUGAAACCAACUACUACAACAUCCCUGGCUCCCAGACCGAAGCCAUAAUCAACAUCACCAUGACCUCCAAUGUCAACGUGCCAGGGCGUUGGGUCUUCCAGGUGGAUGACUUUAAGGUGACAGGAGUCCCCACAGAGGCACCCAAGGCUGCCAGCAGCAACAGCUGCUGGUUGUAAGUUGAAGGUUAUUUUUGGGGAGAGAACCAAGAAAAAAGGGAAAUUUGAGAAUUGCUUGGGAAACUGUUUCCUCCUCUUAGGUUCUUCUCACAGAUAAAUCAAGGUGCCUGGGGCAGAGGGACCAUCCCCAUUGUCCCAUCAUCCCCAUUGUCCCCACUGUUAUCUCCUGUGUUGCACGCGGAGGGCAAGGCCGCACGGCAGGACGCGUCAACCUCUACCAGAGCAAUAAAAUGGCAGCCGAGACACUGCAA